UCAGGUGGAAGACUCACCUCCAGUCCUCCUCAAUCCAAUUCUUCCCCCAUCGGCAUCAUGGGGCACUGGGCAGCCCCAGGCUGUUUGUUACCUCUGGGUAGGAAUUUAGGGCACUCUCUCUUCCAAUGUCCUUUCUCUUUGCACCAGGCACACUGGCCUCAGCUUAAUGGGGGUUGGGGCAUCUCACCUCCCUCUCUCCUCAAGGGUCCUCUUCUUGGGCCACCGGGAGAUGGGUCAUUUCCCCACAAGGUGGCAGCCAGGAGUGUGACCUGUCUCUUCUGAUUGGUGAUUUUUCUGUUUUCCUGUUCCCGGUCCAGAUUGGAAUAUGCCUGGUAGGCAAACUCAACAAGCCAUGAGAUCCCCAACUCCACACUUCCCUCAAGUUUUUGGAGUUUUCUCCGUAUAUCCAGGGCACUCUGCCCGAUAAAAAUCAUAUUCACCAUGCAAACGUUUUCAGGACUGUCAGGGUCUGUGUCUUCGAACUGUCUAAAAGCUUCAUAAAUUCUUUCCAGAAACUUAGAGGAAUCUUCCAUUGGUUCUUGUUUGAUUCCAUAGGUUUUGCUAAGGUUUUUUUUGUUUAGGCACCCCUUUCUUCAACUGUUCCAAAAAGCACUCCUUAUGAUAAGCAAGGCGGGUCUGUCCCUCGGCCGUAUUCUGAUCCCAGCCAGGGUCCCCCACGGGGAAAGUCUCUGCUUCUGGCUGAUUUACUGCCUGCACUUUUUGGAGCCUUUUCUAGGACCAUGCACCUUUCUUCUGGGGUCAGGAGCACAUCUAGCAGUGCCUGACAAUCUGCCCAAUUAGAGUUAUGAGUGCAGAAGAUGGAGGCAAAAAGAUCCUUCAUUCUCUUAGGGUCUUCCCGAUACCCAGGGCAAUGGUAUUUCCAGUUAUAAAGAUCACUUGUUGAGAAAGGUUGGUGGACCCAGAUCAUGCCAGUAUCUCCUGCUGGGACUUGUCAGAGGGUAUGCAUGCCCCCCCGGGCUCAGCUGUGCUAUGGCUGUCCCGAGAAUUGGUCGCUGUUGUGCUACUUUCAUUCUCCCUAGUCACUGAAUUGGGGUGCCCAAAUGCUGUUCCACUCUGCGUAUAGGGUGGCGAGCCCAACAAGAAUCGUUGCUGGCACACCUGCUUCUCCCAGAACUGAAGCAUAAGGGGGCGGCAAUACUGGUGCCGAUGCAGAAGGCAAAGGCAACAAUGUUUCUUCCUCAGGGUCAGAGGGGAGGACUGGUAGUUGUGAUCUGCUGGCCCCUUUCUGGACUAGAAUUUUACAUUUCUUCUGCAAUCUCUUGUCUCAAUACAGAGUCAUGAAAGCUUCCACAUAAUACUUCUCAUCCCACUUUCCCUCGCGAGUACAGAAAAGGUCUAAUUGAAGGAUGGUAUAAUUUAAGGACACAUUCUCUAGCCAUUCCUCUCCAUCUGCUAAUUUGUAUUGUGGCCAGGCACAAAAUAUUUCCAAUUCUUAAGGAUACAUCCUAAGGGGCUGCAAUCAGGAAUCUCUUGAACUUUCCCCGUUCUCCUGACACGCAUACAGCUUACACACUCACACAACCUAAUUCAGUGCACCAACCUAAUAACUGAUACCUAGAGCCUUUUAUGCCCUCAAUGGUCAAUUCCUCCCACUUCUUGGGACUCUUCCAAGGCCUUACCUAGGAAUUACCCUGUUAUUUACCAAAUAACCCCAGAUACCCAGAGCCUUAAUGCUCUCAAUGGUUAAUUCCUCCAGCUUCUUGGGACUCUUCUAAGGCCUUACCUAGGAUUACCCUGCUACUUACCAAAUAACUCAGGUGCAUUUCAUGUCCUCCACAGAUUCACUGUUGGAUCCGAGGUGGAUCAGCUUCCAAGGCUGCCCCAAGGUCUCUGGGAGAAAUCUCCUGAUGGCACCAGAUGUCGGGGCCAGUCUGUUGUCUGAUCAGCCUCCAGAACCGAGCAUACGACUCCUGGCUGGCUUGCCAGAAAUGUUGCUGGGUGGAAGCCCCAGGCUCUGCUCAACACAACUCGUCUCAGCCAACAAAUGAGAGACCGAGGUGGGAGAGUAGAAAGUCGCCUUUAUUUCAUUGUACAAGAAAAGGAGCAGUUGGGGCUGCUGCCACCAAGACUGCUCAGCACCCUGAGGAUUCUUACUCCUGUGCAUAAAAAUCACCAACUGUGCACUGAAGAAAUCUUCCAGGGAAUAGACACACUGAGGAAUCGAACUGUACCAGAUGAUGAUGUGGAAAAACUGUUCCAAAACUUGUCUUUACUCAAGGAAUACAUAGACCUCCAAAAAAAAAAGUGUGGAGAAGAAAGACGGAAAAUAAAGCAAUUCCUAGACUACCUGCAAGAGUUUCUUGGUGUAAUAAGCACUGAUUGGACGUAGAAGGUUGAGACUAAACGGGCUUAUUGUCGCCUAAGACCUUGGAGGAGGAAAAGAACAUUUUAUUGUAUGAGAAUGAGGGCCAACCAAGGGCAGGGCCUUAAUUUUCAGUGUAAUUAAACUCCAGAGGCAAAGUAAAUAUUUCAGGCAUACUGUUACUUUACCACAUCACACAGGCAGAAAGCAUAAAAUAUUUUAGAUAUAUUUCAGAUAACAGAAUCAUUAAAGUAUUGUCCUAUUGUUUGCUCCAGGCAAAAGAAAUGUAGAAUUUUAUCUUAAUUUAACAUCUUUUAAAAGGUUUAUUAAUAUUAUUUAUGAAAUGAUUAAGAAUCUGGUAAAUUAAUAUUUAUUUUGUUAUAUGCUAUGUUCUAAUAAACCAAAAACAGACAACU